AUGGCUUCAACAACGUCCCUCCCAAGGAUCCCCCUCUUCGAGGCCAUUUCCCGGCAUGAUCCCGAGUCCACGGCCGUAAUUCACUCCUUGUCCGGCCGCCGCUUCAAGUACGGAGAGCUUCUCGGCGAUGUGCGCCGCGCGCGGAACAAGCUCUUGGACUCGGCUGGCAAGUCGGAUCUUAAUGGCGAGCGCAUCGCAUUCUUGGUAGAGAACAGUUACGACUAUGUAGUGACCCUCCUCGCUGCCUUCGCCGCGCGAUCUAUCGCCGUACCCCUUUCUCCGGCCUUCCCCGCCGCCGAGCUCCAAUACAUCCUAAACCAGAGUGAAGCGUCCUUGCUGGUGUCCUCGGCCAAGUUUGCCGCAAAAGCAAAGGAGGUCCUCGCCACGGAGCUCAUCUCAAGCCCUACGCAAGUCGAGCUCCAGAAGCACCUCGGUGGCAGCGCGCAUGAACAAGUUGAGCUCGACAAUGCCGAUGCCGACGGCGCGGGUAUGAUGCUGUAUACUUCCGGCACUACUAACAGACCGAAAGGCGUCCUCCUUCCUCAGUCCGUCCUCACGGCGCAAUCCAAAUCCUUAAUCGAAGCAUGGAACUAUACCCCCGCGGAUCACCUCCUCCACGUCCUCCCCUUACACCACAUCCACGGCACGGUCAACGCCGUCCUUACGCCUCUCCUGUCCGGUUCCACCAUCGAGUUCAUGUUCCCCUUCAACGCCGACGCGGUCUGGAAGCGCCUUGCCGCGCCCUACAUCACCUCGAACGGCACAAACGGUGUGAAUGGUACCAACGGUACCAACGGUACCAACGGUACCAACGGUACCAACGGGGUCAAUGGAAGUAAUGGCACAAACGGCGCCCAUGGGACACACAACAACAUUCCCAAGGAGAAAAUCACCUUCUUCACCGUCGUGCCAACGGUCUACUCCCGCCUCAUCGCCACCCACAAACUCCUCCCCCUCGACCCCGCCGAGCCCACUCGCGAAGCCGUCUCCCCCCGCAACAUGCGCCUCGCCAUCUCCGGCUCAGCCGCCCUCCCGACGCCCAUCAAAGAGGCCUGGAAGACCCUGUCGAAAGGCAACGUCCUCCUCGAGCGCUACGGCAUGACAGAGGUCGGCAUGGCCCUCUCCUGCGGCCUCGACUUCGCAGACCGCGUCGACGGCAGCGUCGGCUGGCCCUUGCCCGGCGUCGAAGCCCGCCUCGUCGACAUGGACACCGGCCUCGUCAUCCCCCCCGGCCAAGACGUCGACACCCAAACGGGCCGCGAACGCUCCGGCGAAAUCCAGCUCCGCGGUCCCACAAUCUUUACAGAGUACUGGCGCAACCCAGAGGCGACGGCCAAGGAAUUCGUCCAGGGCGAGGACGGCAAGGGGAAAUGGUUCAAGACGGGCGACGUCGCCGUCCGGAGACCGGUUCCCAACGCGGGGCUCAACGCCGCGCAGGCGUCCUGGGCAAAGGGCGACAUGUACUUCAUCCAGGGCCGCAAGAGCGCCGACAUCAUCAAGACGGGCGGCGAAAAGGUCAGCGCCCUCGAGGUCGAGCGCGAGCUGCUCUCCCUCCCCGAGGUGGCCGAGGCCGCCGUCGUCUCCGUCCCCUCGGGCAAGUGGGGCUCCAAGGUCGGCGCCGUCGUCAUCCUCAACACGGACGUCGUCCCACACUGGUCCCCGAUGGCCAUGCGGAGGGCCCUCCGGGAUCGGCUCGUCAACUACAAGAUUCCCCAAGUGCUCAAGGUCGUCGACCACAUCCCGCGCAACGCCAUGGGUAAGAUCAACAAGAAGCAGUUGGUCCAGGCCGUCUUUGAGGACCAGUUUAGCGGCGAUGAAUUGUAA